AUCGAGCUCUGCAGGUAUGCCCGGCUCUGCUGCUGCUGCUCCUGCUCCUCCGAAUUCUGCCUCCGAAUCCGUCCUCGCUUCGAGCUUCGGUGCGUGAUCGCGUCUUCUUCGCGGGGGGACGUUGGAGCUUCUCGUCGGGACUGCUGCAGAGCUGUCGCUUUCGUAGUCUUCAUACUUCUUCUGCUGGUUUGACUGCGGUUUGGUUGAUUGAAGGGGGCUUGCUUCCUAAGCUGAUGUUUCAAGAAUCUGACUUUUCUUCUCUGGGUUUCCUCACUGACAGAGAAGUGGCCACUCAAGAUGGUGACUGCAAUGGAGCCAUUGCCAAACUGGAACAACUUGAUGAGGAAAAGAGUUAUCUAGAGAAGCAGGUGUCAUUUCUUGCCGAUUCAUCUUCUUCAGGCAAAAUGGAACCUUCCCAUUCCAGUCCAACUAAUUUGGAGACUAUUUUUUCUCCCAUUUUGGAGCCUGAUGAACUACUUAGCAUAGAAAGUGUCUCCUUUGACUUGGCAGGUAGCACUUGUGAUUUUGGUGUGGCAUUGUUGGAGGCAGAUGAAAGCUUUCAAAACAAGGGGUCAUGUGACUACCAAAGCUGCAGUAUAUCAGAUUUCUACAUCUCUGACAUGUUUAUCACGGGUUUACGACCUGAUGAUGUUACAAUGGAUGAUGAUGAUGCAACUGGAUUAAUGCCUUUAACUGGGUACGAGGGUGAUGAGUCAAGUAUGCUGUUUGAUGUCUCUGACAAAUACAUGAUGGUACCACUUGUAGGGAGUACACUUAUUGCUAGUGCAGUUGAAGAUACCAAGUCACAUGAACAAGGAACAGUUGAUCCAGAUGGACCCAGCUUUUAUAUGUCAAUUGAUCAGAUGAGAUGCUACAACUCUGAAUCAGAAUGCCAUUCUGAUUUGGACGAAGCUGAGUGCUUUGAUCCACAUUUGUUCAUCAGAACAUUACCGGACUUGUCCGAUGAAGUGUCGAGUUUUCAGCCCACAGCAUCGCACAAGGAAAUGCAGAAAAGGAAAUCUGUGACACUGGUGCUUGAUCUCGAUGAAACACUCGUUCAUUCUACAUUGGAGCCCUGUGAUGAUGCUGAUUUUACCUUUACUGUCUUUUUCAAUAUGAAAGAGCACACUGUAUAUGUCAAAAAACGGCCUUAUCUGCAAACCUUCUUGGAGAGAGUUGCAGACUUGUUCAAUGUUGUUAUCUUUACAGCCAGCCAAAGCAUCUAUGCAGAGCAACUGCUUGACAUACUGGAUCCAUACCAAAAGCUAAUAUCACGUCGAGUUUAUCGUGAAUCAUACUUUUGUGAUGGCACUUACACGAAAGAUUUGACCAUCUUAGGUGUUGACUUGGCUAAAGUUGCUAUUAUUGAUAAUUCUCCACAGGUAUUCCGGUUGCAAGUGAAUAAUGGAAUUCCUAUUAAGAGUUGGUUUGAUGAUCCAUCAGAUUGUGCAUUAGUAUCACUCCUUCCCUUUUUAGAGACUCUGGUUGAGGCUGAUGAUGUACGUCCUAUAAUUGCUAGAAGAUUCGGUAACAAGGAAUAAAACCCUCGUGAUCUACAUUUCUU